AUGGUAAUGGGGAUCCCACUUGAAUCCGGGAAGAUACUGUCCGCACUUGCAACCUUUAGAAUUCUUCAAGAGCCAAUUUACAGUCUUCCUGACACAAUUUCCAUGAUUGUUCAGACUAAGGUUUCUCUUGAUCGAAUUGCAUCGUUUCUUUCCCUCAUUGAGCUGCAGCCAGAUGUCGUAGAGAGGCUUUCUAUGGGCAGUUCUGACAUGUCAGUAGAGAUAGUCGAUGGAAAUUUUGGCUGGGAUUUAUCGUCUCGUUGUCCAACAUUGAAAGAUAUUAACCUCAGAGUUUCUCAUGGCAUGAAGAUUGCCAUCUGUGGUACAGUUGGUUCAGGCAAGUCAAGCUUACUUUCCUGUAUUUUGGGAGAAAUGCCCAAAAUUUCAGGAACCAUUAGGCUCAGUGGAAGAAAAUCCUAUGUUGCUCAGUCACCAUGGAUACAAAGUGGAAAGAUUGAAGAUAACAUACUGUUUGGUAAGGACAUGAACAGACAACUCUACGAGAGAGUUCUUGAAGCUUGUUCUCUAAAGAAAGACUUGGAUAUUCUCUCUUUUGGUGAUCAAACAGUUAUUGGUGAAAGAGGGAUCAACUUGAGUGGUGGACAGAAGCAGAGAGUACAGAUUGCACGUGCACUGUACCAAGAUGCUGAUAUAUAUUUGUUUGAUGAUCCAUUUAGCGCUGUGGAUGCACAUACGGGAACCCAUCUGUUCAAUGAAUGUAUACUGGGGCUUUUGAAUUCUAAAACUGUUAUUUAUGUCACACACCAAGUUGAAUUUUUACCGGUAGCUGAUCUGAUUUUGGUCAUGAAAGAUGGGAGGAUUACACAAGCUGGAAAGUACAACGAUAUUCUAAAAUGUGGUAGUGAAUUCAUGGAACUAAUUGGUGCCCAUAAGGAAGCUUUAUCAGCACUUGAUUCUACUGAGGCAGGGGCAACAUCUGUUGGUGAAGAUAGCAGAACAAGAAAUGCUGAGAAUUAUCUGCAGAAAAAGGAAUCUCUUAAUGAUCAAAAUGAUAAAACGGAUACUGCAAUGGGGACAAACGGACAGCUUAUUCAAGAAGAAGAAAGAGAGAAAGGUCAAGUUGGUUUAUCAAUUUAUUGGAAAUAUAUCACAACUGCAUAUGGUGGACUCCUUGUGCCCUUUAUAUUGUUGGCGCAAAUUCUGUUUCAAUUACUUCAAAUUGGAAGCAAUUAUUGGAUGGCCUGGGCAACUCCAGUGUCUGAGGAUGCAGUACCUCCCGUUGGAGGUCCUACUCUUAUCAUUGUCUAUGUUGCUUUGUCAAUUGGAAGUUCAUUUUGUGUUUUUACCAGAGCCUUGCUACGUGCUAUGGCUGGUUACAAGACAGCUAAAAUACUUUUCAACAAAAUGCAUAUGUGCAUAUUUCGUGCCCCCAUGUCCUUCUUCGAUUCCACUCCAAGUGGACGCAUUUUAAACAGGGGGGUAGUUGGGAGUCAUACAUACCCCUAG